UAACUCAUCACACCCUCCCCCUCACCCGACACCACUCUCCUCACCUCGUCUCAGCUGUCGUCUUCGCCUCCUCCACCCCCCACACACCCCCUUCUCCCUUCACUCUCCGAGCAUUCCCUCCAGCAGCUCCACCGUCGUUGUCAACCGCCUCUCACUCUUUCCGCUCGCCUCCACUGAGCCAUCGUCGCCCUCCAUCCUACCGCUCGAUCGCACUCCAACUCAUCUUCGCCAUCAGUCGUUCCCGCCAUCUCAACCCGCCCACUCCCCGACGCAACCAAUUUCGUCGCCGCGAACGAGAUGCUGUCUCCGCCCACCAACCCGAUCGCAAUCACCAUCCUGACCGGCUUCCUCGGUUCAGGUAAGACGACACUGCUGCUGUCGUUGUUGCCUCAGCUGCCCGCCGGCUACAAGCUGUGCCUGCUCAAGAAUGAGUUCGGUGAUGUGGCCGUCGACUCGAAACUCGCGCAACAGAGUUCGGUUGCCGGCGUCACGGAACUUCUCAACGGCUGUAUCUGCUGUAACCUCGUCGGCCAGCUCGGAGAGGCUCUGCUCACUCUCAGGGACACUUACAAGCCUACACGAAUCGUGAUUGAGACCUCGGGUUCCGCCUUCCCUGCCACACUAGCGAUGGAGGUAAACCGCAUCUCCGCCGAGAAUGGUGGUAUCUUUCCCAUCGACGGCGUCAUCCAAGUCAUCGACGUCGAGAAUUGGGCUGGCUACGCCGACACGAGCUACACCGCGAAGCUGCAAGCAAAGUACACGGAUCUGAUCAUCCUUAACAAGUGGGAAUUCCCGGGGAAGGAGCGCGAGGAGGAGGUGAUGGACCGCAUCCGCGACGUGGCUGACGACACUCCGAUCGUCAAAUCGCGACACGGCUGGGUCGACAAAGACGUCAUCUUCGGAAUCGACGUCAGUCUGGCGCGCAGGCUGUCCACCGACGCUGGAAUCCCCGAGGAACACGACCACGAACACAGCCGCGAGGUUGAUGUCCUCUCGCUUACGCUGCCCCAAUCGAGCGAUGACGACGGCGGAUACGUGGACGUUACGGCGCUCGAGACACUACUCAAGACGGUGCCGAACGACGAGGUCUACCGCAUCAAGGGAAUCCUACGACUGCGCGUACCGCCGCCGCAGCAUCCCGACACCGUUACGAAUGAAGACACACCCAUCACGCCGCCCGCCGGAAACCGCUGGGUGCUUAACUGGGCGUUCGGGCGAUGGCGGUUCGUGCCGCUGCGCGAGAGCAGCGUCAUCACCACUAUCGACACGGAAACUCCGAUCAAGACAGUCGAGGAGUUCCCGCCAUCCAGCCUCACCGUGUGCGCCGAGACCGAGGCUUCGCUGAAGCAGCGCAAGGGCAGCAUCGAAGUCAUGGUACAGACCAGCAUCCGCACGGUCGUCGAGGAGAAGGCUCCCGAAUCCGGCGAGUGCGCACGGAUGAGCUUCGUGCUGGGUCGGGGCGAGGGCCCCCGGUGGAAGGCCAAGCUGGAAAAGAACCCAUUGGUGCGCUACGAUCGUCCUGGCUCAACCACCGUGGCUAGCAUCGUGAGUUUGGUUUAGUGGGCUUCGGUUGGGGGCGGGGGAUUGAUAUGGUUUCUGUAUGGGCGCAGUAUUGGUGUUUGGCGUUUUUAUUUCCCUUUCUUUCUUACUGUUCUGUUCUGUUUUGUUCGUUUUACUUGAUAGGGUUAUUUUUGCGAUUUGUUCAUUGUCUCGCCGCUGCGAUUGGGCAGGCUGGCACAUGUCGAGACUGGACAAUACUGGACCGACAGAUGGAUGAAACGAUGGGGAAUCUCGCAGUACGGUACAUACAACCUACGUAGCCACACGUCGCAUUCUAUACAUACCCAAUCAGUAGUUACAUCUUGUUAGUUAUGGAG